CCGCUGUCCCCGGCCUCGGCCGCGGCGGCGGCGCUGGCGAACGCGCGGUGGAACCCGACCAAGGAGCAGCUGGCCGCGCUGGAGGGGCUGUACGAGCACGGCCUGCGCACCCCCAGCGCCGAGCAGAUCAAGCAGAUCACGGCCAGGCUGCGCGAGCACGGCCACAUCGAGGGCAAGAACGUCUUCUACUGGUUCCAGAACCACAAGGCCCGCCAGCGCCAGAAGCAGAAGCAGGACAGCUUCGCCUACUUCACCAGGCUCCUCCGCCGCCCCCCGCCGCUGCCCAUGCUCGUCAGACCCCCCGGCCCGCUGCCGUACCCUCACGGCCGCCUCCCCGUCCCGGCGCCGCCCGCUGCUGCUGCUGCUGCAUGCAGCAGCAGCAACGGUGGCACGCAUGUGAUGUACAGGUCUCCAUUCUACAUGCCAGCAGCGCCGCAGGCUCCCGCGGCGAAUGCUCUCUACUACCACCCGCAGCACCAGCAUCAGGUUCCAGCGUCAGUCAUGUACCCAAGGAUGGAGGUCGCGCAAGACAAGAUGAUCCCAGCAGCGGCGCAGCACAACCACCACCACCACCGCCACCACCCGGCGGCCGGCGCCAUGUACCAUGCCGCCGCGGCGGGGAACAACGCGAGCACCACCCCGAUGCACGUGCUGCACUUCCCGCCGGCGGCAGCAGUGGAUGCUGGCCCCAGCCGCGAGACGCUGCAGCUGUUCCCUCUGCAGCCCACCUUCCUGCUGCCGGCCGACAAGGGGCGCGCCGCCGGCGGUGGUGCGUCCAUGGCGCCGGCGCCGUCGACGGCGUCCGCUUCGUUCUCGGGGGAGUCCGAGAGCCUGGAGGAGAGCCCGGACUCGUACAGCGAGGCGCUCGCGGUGCCGUUCUAUGACUUCUUCGGCCUCCAGUCCGGAGGCCGCUGAUCUGGGAGAGAGAGUGAUCAUCGGACCUGAGACCCAGGGGAUGUCGCGGUGAUCCCGUUGCUUUUCAUUAAGGUUUUUUUUACUAGCAUGUGCUUCAUCAAGUUGAGGCCCCUCUGCUGUGGUGAAC